UAGUGUGUCGCUGGCUCUGUCGGAGAGUGCAAAACAUUCACGCUGCUUCUGCUGCCUAGACGUUCCAUCCUAAUAUCCAAUCCUCAGUUAGCUACCGAAAGUCGCGACCGAAGUGGUGAUUUUAGCACGAGUUAGCGCGAUCUUGAUUCUGUCUAUAGGAACCUACUGACCGCGACCCAGAAGUGCAAAACUGGAUGUUUAGUUAGGAUGUUACCUAGUGGAAGAAGUGCAUCGGUGCAGUUGUGAGUGCAAUAAAUUGAAUCGGCCAGCCAGCGAUUGAUGGGAAAACGAACAAGACGCUAGUUGCAUUAGAGUGUGUGAUUAAUUCGACGGACUUUUACUGGCUUGUACUCUAAACAUUUUCAUUACGAUUGAAAGGGACGUGUUGCCGAGUGGGGAAAAUUAAUCGAUUGCCAAUUCGAAAGUGUGCUGCGAAUAUCCGGAUUAUUCCUAUGCUUAUUACGAACUAGUAUGAAAUUAUCGCCAAAGUUUUAUCUGUGACCAGUGUUUAUCUAGUAUUAGCCCGAUGCAAAUUUACCCCGUCAUCACUACGUCAUCGCAAAAUUAGCCACGCGUUUAUACCGGUGAAUAUUCAUUAAAAUAAGAAGAUAAGCGAAACACUCAAGUCAUCACGUGGAUUGUCAACCACCCGGCGAGGCUUACGCGGUAGCACAAAUAGAAUCAUUGAUUCUUAUCUUCACGAUAUCGAUCACUGAUUCAGUGACACGACGAGUGAUAUACGUCCGAUAAGGAGAGUCAGUAGGACCGUUGCUCUUAUCAAUUUAGAAGGAAGCAGGAAAACGUGCUCUCUUGCACACGUUCUCUCUGGUGUCGCUCUCUUCCCGGGUCGUCGUGACUAUACUGAAUCGGAGUCUCUCAUCGGAGGUUCGCACGUUACCGAAGGAUUGUGUAUGUUCAACCACUUUUGAAGGAGCUCCCAUCGCAAGCCACUUGGGUGCUUGUAGCGAUUCAACCUGCUCCAUUCAGCUCCCCGACGCGACGUACGUGAUGGUGUAUGGGUGUGAACGCGACGCCCGCGUGAAUAAAUAUAUACGAGAUCUGAACGCCGCAAGUCAACCAGUCCAGUGCCGGCCGCGGAUGAACACAGUCGCCAAGUAAAAUUGUGCAACAUUACACAAUUCGGAAAUAAAACCGCAUGCUGAUUGUUGUAUCAAGUCUCUUUCGAGUGAUAUAACUGCAUCGAAGGGAAUAACAUCACCGUAUUUGAUUCUCCUUUUUUCUGCCCAUCUGCAAGCAUUCAAGAAGUUUUCUCUUUGGAAAGGUGAAAGUGAAUAUAGAAAACUUAACAACCCAUCCAAAAGCCGCCCGGAAAUCGAAUUAUACACACAAACGGGUUGCAUCGUGUCAGCAGCUUGUGUAAUCCUUGUUUUAUCAAACCCUUUAUCGUUUUCUCGAUUUUUGGGAAGCAUAGUGUUUUGUGUAGUGCAUAAGUGAGUGAUUUAUUCGUUGAGUUGUACGUUGUGCAAUCGAAAACGGAGUUUAUUUGUCCUCCGAGUAUCGCGAAAUCGUCAAAAUUCAAAAUGAAGGAUAUAAUCGCCAACAGGAACCUAAUCAACAAGGACACUAUCUUCAAGGAAGUUGUUAUCAUUGGUAAUGGUCCAAGCGGAAUAUCGCUUUCCUACAUGUUGGCAGGCAAUUGGCCAUAUUGGUCAGCAGACAAAAUCCAGAGGCAUCCGGACGAGUUGCUGAGGGCACGACUGAACUACUACGAUUCGCAAAAGAGUCUGGUAGAGCAUGACCUCUUCAGUCUAGCGGAUGGACUAGAAGGUCGCAGCACAAACCCAGUGUCACUGUUGCUGGACAGCCUGCAGCAUCCUUGCGCUGACCUUGGGAUGGAUUUACCCUGCAUGGUGGAAUACAAAUACCACCCGGAGAAGGAAAUCGACCAUCUUGUUCUGGGUCGUGGUCCUCCGGGUGGCUCCUGGCACCGAAUGGAUCCCAACCUGCGCACCCUUUCGCUAGCCGCGUGGAUGUCCCUGCCUGGAUUAGCCUUUUCCGAGUGGGAACAGUCCCACCCACCGACGAUCGAUCCCGUUGAGCUGAACAUCGACGGCUCAUCCUUAAGCAAUAGCCAUCACCCGUACCUGCCGCCUGUUGGAACCGAGGAAGGCGUUAAAAUCCUCAAAUCAAAUAAUCACCACGGUGCUAGCAUUAAUCGUAAUAGGAAAAUACUUAUCGGUAGCAGUAGCGUUAGUUCGAAUUCUACCAUUACCAAUGAUACAUGUGAUAGAUGUAGUGAACUGAAUCGACAGCAGCAGCAGCAAAAAGUGCCCUUAAUGUGCAAUCGGUGUCGCAUCCAUAGCAGUAACAACAAUAACAACACGACCGUGGAAAAUCAAAACUUCCUACGGCAGCAGAAUAACAGCAUUGCGUAUGAAGAACGCAACGGUAAAGUCAACAUCAAACUAUGCCCACCGAGGCGCAACCUGUCGCUGAAGCGGCAACUUUCGAAGGAGGUGGAAACGAGGGCACUGAUCUCACGUGUCGCGCAAUACUACGCCAGCUACGUGGACGAGAUGAAUCUUGCCAAGUAUUUCAUGAAUGAUACCAUUGUAACAACGGUCCUGCCGCUGGACUUUUCCGCCGUAAGCAGCCCGGUGCCGGAACGGUUGCGCUCCGGACGCUGGAUCAUUUCAGGAUUCGAUCGCUUAACCAACAAACAAUUCACGGUGGUAUGCAAGAACUUGGUGAUGGCAAACGGAGCCUCGGAUCUAGCCAACCGGUUGGGCGUCAAGGGCGAAGGUCUCGAGAUGCCUUGGGUGACCUACGAGCUGCCCCAGUUGGAGCAUGCGCUGGAAAAGAUAGACGACGAGGCACGGUCCCAGUUGAAACCGGUGCUGAUUGUGGGCGCAGGACUGAGUGCCGCGGAUGCUGUUACCAUUUGUCGGUCAUCUGGUAUCCCGGUAAUUCACGUGUACCGCAACCGAACGGCUGGCCUGGACAAGAUGUUACCGGGUAACGUUUACCCUGAGUAUCACGAGGUGCAUAAGAUGAUGAAGGACUCGAACCGGAAGUACGAUUUGUACACACCUUUGCCCGAGCAUACGAUUGCAGACCUGACGCAGACGGUGAGCAGUGAGAAAUCUAACUCGCAUCGAGUUAUCGUGCAACAUUUGAAGACGGGCGAAAAGCGCGAACUAGAAGUGUCCUUCUGUGCUAUACUAAUCGGAUCGCGUCCCGAUCUCAGAUUCAUAGCAGGACUUACAAAGGGAUCAUCAACGUUACAGAAUGGUUAUGAGAUAAAUUUUUUGAACAGGCUUGUCGCCAAUAAGGAGGAUUUAGAGGAUGCACCAUGUGAAAACAGGAGUCCACAACCAGUAGCCGUUUGGUCCAUCACAGAGCAGCUAUUAUCAUCAAGGUUGGGGCGGAAGCUGUUUUGGUUCAGGAAUAUUUGUGCCAAGUGUCGCCAUUUGAAUGUUUGUGAACGAGGACGCUAUAAGCACUAUCACCAGCCAGGAACAGGUGAAAUGAGAAAGGCUGUAAAUUGCAAUCAUAACAUCAGUUUGCUGGAUAAAAACUGUGAAUGUUCAUUACCGGUGGCCAGUAACAUCAGUGACCAUAAUGCCAGCAAUGCCGGUUUAGGACUUGGCGAGGAUCCAACCAAACCGAUAGACUGUAAAAGUAACCCAAUCGAUGUAGACAAGUAUACCAACGCUGUGCUUCGGUCCCCUUACAAGGGAUUGUAUGCGAUGGGCCCAUUGGUUGGCGAUAAUUUUGUUCGAUUCAUCCCCGGAGGAGCACUCAGCAUUACAUCGGCGCUGCAUAAACUGACCGAGAACGAUUGAUGUGUUCCGGGCAGUGCAGUGAGGGUGCUCUUUGUUUGAGGUGCUUGAUUUCUGGAAUAUGAAAUUGUACCUCGUCCUUUUGUUCUAUCGACCUGUUGGUCUAGGACAUUUGGGAUUUUGUUUGGGUAGGCUGUUUCGAUCCAUGCGAUUUGGAGCUUUUCAUUUGAGAAACAGUGUUGUUGCGUAACGCAGCGUUCGCUGCAACAAAUUCAAUUCACGCCAAAAUAGCGCUGGGGUGUUAUUAACAUCCGAGACACGAACCUUUGUGACGCUACGUAUUUGAACACCGACGUUACGUGCGAUUUAGUUGAGGGAUGUCCCUAUUUAUUUUAUUUAAUUGGAAAUAAUUAUUAUACUAUGAUUUUAUCAUCGUUUUUUUUAUUUUGAGAUGCAUUUCUCACCAUGACAAUAUUGUUCAGCCCUGAAACAUUCCCAUCCUCUUUAAUGAGUGCAUGUUUCGUAUGAAGCGAUGUUUUCAGAAUGCUAUAUACGCUUGUUUUAUGAUACGAAUUCAAAUAAUAUCUGUUGUAUUCGCCAGUUCAAACCCGAAGAUUGUUACUAAUGUAGAAGUUUUGUAUACGGUAAUCCAGGAAUAUUUUGCUUUGUAUCUGACCAACAACCAAGAAACAAGGUUCUAAAAAUCUCGAAUAAAAUUCACAGCACAUUCUGAGGAAUCCCGCUGUUCCUUUAAAAUAGAUUCCUUCCCAAGCCUUCUGAAUCAUUCCCUAAAACAGCCCGCCAGUAUCACCCGAAAUGUUAACAAUGCCAUACCGAUCAAUUAAACAACUUAAUAAUAUCAAUCAAUUGUAUCAAUUAAUUUAGUUACUUUCUAAACAUUGUUCCAACCACCGUUUGUCCUAAGUUCAAUAUUGUAACAGCAGCUUUCCUCUGCUGACAUCGCAGUACUAACUAAACUAAAUUUGUGGAACCGAAUAGAGACUGAUUUGUAUAUUUGAGAAUAGCUCUAGCUCUUAGGAACAGAAAUGAUCAAAUGGACAGCGUAACUCGGAAAAUCAACGCGGAAAGCGCCUGAAAUUCUCUCUCUCUCUAGUACCAACUUUAUGGUUCAUCGAAAUAGUGUCCUUCUAUGUCCAUUUCCUCAUUGUUUGGAUAGGUACCUUAACGAAGAAAAUUACUCUGCUUGUACAACAGGCGAUUACUUCUUACGUAACUUAUUACAAGAGUGUUUAUUGCGAAUAUAGGUUGAUAAGCGUUCAUAACAAUACUUAAUAUUCUACAGCUUUAUAGUCAUAAUCUUACAACAUCUUCUUGUUGAGCAUUUGUACGAGGUUCAUUCAUAGAAUAAAAACACUCGUACAGACGUCCGGAACAAGUAUGUGUUUGUUUUGCAGUUCGGUGCAAUGUUCAUGAAAAUUUUAAAAACAAAAAUGAAUACCAUAUAUAUCAAGGCAAUUAAACAGAAUCAAACAGGGUAGACUUGAAGUCCAAUAUAAAUAACAAGUUCAAUUUUAGUAUCUAGUGAAAGAGUACAGUUGUUUGCCUUUGUUAGGGAACCCGAAGUUGUUCUACCUUUUUUGUGGAUAUAAAACUGUAUUAAACUGUUCAAAUUUGAUACAAAAUGUACGGUUGUUAUAUUUUUGUCCUGCAAUAUACUUAGUUUACUGUUGCAAACA